UGCCUUUUAUGCCAUGCGCUCCCUGUCAUCACGCUUCAUACAGUGAAUAACUCUAAAUUCUUGCCCAAUCUAUUCCAGAUUCCAGAUCUUCGAACUUCUCUGUCACUUCCAUCAGACCGCAACUAAUAAUACCUCCUCCUGUGAUGUCUGUGAUGUACGGGCCGUCAGACAAAAAAAAAUCUUUGUUCAACCAAGUCACGCACUUUUUCAAGAUCAUGUAUUAUGAUCCAUUCUGUUGGAGUUUGGUGAAAAGUGUGGGCAUUGCAUUUAUUGGAGUUAAGAUUGCGCGGGAAUGUCGUGGAGUCGAGCUUAUGCCUGCUGUUCCAGUCCGUUAGAUAUGCUCCUCAUUUUUUUUCUAGUCUGUAUCAUAUAUGUUUCCGCCACAAAUAAACCCAACAUAGUUUUAAUCCUGACAGACGAUCAAGAUAUUUCAAGCAUUUAUUCUAUGCCCAAAACUCAAAAACUCAUCGCAGAUGUCGGAGCUUCUUUUGUUAACUCGUUCUGCAGUACACCAAUUUGCUGUCCCAGCCGUUCCAGCAUCCUAACUGGCCAGUAUCUCCACAAUCAUGGUGUUUUCAACAACUCACGCUCAGGGGGCUGUUACAGUGCCCACUGGAGGACUAUCAAAGAACCUCUUGCUUUUCCUGUCUACUUACAGUCUGCAGGUUACAAAACAUUUUAUGCUGGAAAAUAUUUGAACCAGUAUGGGUCUGCGCACAAGACUAAAAACCCUAUCCCACCAGGCUGGGAUGUAUGGUAUGGUCUCAUUGGAAACUCCAAGUAUUAUGAUUAUUCUCUUGUGAUUAAUGGAAAAAUAAAGCAUUUCAAGAAUGAUUAUUUUACCUCUGUAAUUGAGUCAAGUGGAAUUGAAUUCCUUCAAUCAGUUGGCAUGAAAAAAGAAAAGUUUCUUAUGGUCCUGGCCACUUCAGCUCCGCACGAUCCUUUUACUCCAGAAUCAAAAUACAAAGGGAGAUUUAAUGGAACUAAAGCACCACGCACCCCGAAUUUCAACACGUUUACAAAGGAUAAACACUGGCUCCUGCGGUUAGGUGACAUGCCUCUGCCUGACUCUAUGGUCGACACGAUUGACACAAUCCAUGCUCGCCGGUUAGAAACGCUUUUGUCUGUUGAUGAUAUGGUUGAGAAAGUAGUGCUAGAGCUGAAGAAAUUUAAUGUGGUAGAAGAAACAGUUAUAAUAUUUACCUCAGACAACGGAUACCACCUAGGCCAAUUCAGCCUUCCAUGGGACAAGCGUCAGCCAUAUGAGUUUGACAUCCGUGUGCCACUGUUUAUUCGCGGUCCCAGCAUCAAGCCCAAAUCCGUCAUCUACAGUCCGGUUGUAAACAUAGAUCUUGCUCCCACAAUUCUCGAUCUUGCUGGGAUUUCAACACCUGACUCAAUGGAUGGCAGUUCUUGGCUACCUUUGUUGAAGAAAACUGCUUCAAAUAAAAUUUCACCUCGAACAUUUUUGGUGGAGUAUCAUGGAGAAGGGAACAGGAAGUCAAUCGAUGAGAAAUGUGGCCUAAAAGACCCAAACUUAAAAGAGUGUCGUGUUAGAAAUGAUUGUAAAUGUCAAGACGCUCGCAACAACACUUACUUUUGCUUAAGGUCCAUAAGUGAAACUGAUGAUCUCUCCUAUUGUGAGUUUCAAGACUCAGAGAAUUUCAUUGAGUAUUAUGAUCUCAAAACAGACCAAUACCAGCUGAAUAAUCUUAGACACAGCUUGUCCUCCUCGCUGCAAAACAAAUAUUCCAGCAGGCUAAAGAUCCUUCAGCACUGCUCAGGGCCAAUCUGCAAUGAGUUGCAGGUUUAAUUCCUAUUAGUGAUAUGAAUGAUUGAAAUAUCUUGACCGUUCUGUCCUUUUUCUACUGUCAAAAUAAAAUGUUUUUUUUUUUCAUAUA